AUAACAUAGAUUAUUUUGGGAAAAAAUAUCAUAAAUUAUUGCAAAAAUUAAAGAUCUUGUUAUUAAUUAUAAGUAAAACAUGAGUUUACCUCCUGCUUUGCUGGCCAGAUUGGCCCAACGUGGCUUGGUUAAUAAACAAAAAGCCCAAAAAGAAAAUGAUCCUCCUAAUUUAGCAUCAGCGGCUGAAAAUGAAGAAGUCAUUGCAGAAGAUUAUGAUGAAAUGGAUAGUGACCAUCAGCCGCAACAAAAUUCCGAAGAAUAUCAAUAUCCCACACAAUACGAUUUGGAUCAUGACCAAAUACGCAAACCCACUGAGGACAACAAUUGGUUGUCCCAAAUGAAAGUGCGCAUGGGAGAGGCCGGCUCAGCGGCCGGUUACAAAUGUUGUCCCAACAAAUAUAAUGUGUGGCACAAGUGUACGCUGUUCUGUGUCAAUAGAUGGGGUGAGGGCAUAACCAAACCUUCGGCUGAAUACAUGAAACGUUAUAAGCGUUUGGUACGCAAAUACCCUUUGCCCAAAGGUUGGUUGGAAUUGUAUGAUCCCGGCUGUGGUUGUUUUUAUUUCGCCAGUGAGACUGAUAAUGUAGUCUCUUGGCUGCCACCCACACAUCCCAAAUCGGAGGUGACCAAAAGUGCGGCCGCUGUAAGAAAACAAAUGGAAGAGUCAACGGGAGAGCAGGAUAGUGAUGGCGAACCCAUGAGUGAUGUAGAAGAUGAACCAGUUAAAGAGUCGGCCCAGGCCAGGCAUCAUCGUGAAGUAGAGGAAAUAAUAAAUGCCUCCUUAAGGCCCAAAUCACCGCGCACUUUAGAUUCGCAUGAGUUUCCUUCAUUGCAAGAAAUGGCUGGCAGUCCAACUGUAGCCUUGCCACGCAAACAAAAAUCCCGUGACUUGGAUAGGGCUCUAUCGCGUCAACGUAAAGAUCGUGAUCGGGGCGACCGUGGUGAACGUUCAGAACGCGAUAGAGAUCGUUAUUCUGGUCAUGGCAGACGUCAUCAUAGUCGUAAUGAUGCAGAUGCAUUGGAUCCCAUGGAUCCAAGCGCUUAUUCGGAUACACCACGCGGUAAAUGGUCUGAUGGUUUGGCCAUGGCUGCUGGUGAUGAUAGGAAAAAGAAAUCGGACGAUUCGAAUAAGCGUGACAAGGUUGACAGAGAUUCAAGGCGAUCCUCAGAUAAUUCGGAUGAUGAAGAUUAGAGUUUGAACUGCAUAUUACUGUAUUUUUUUUUAGAAAUAAAUAAUGAAAAAUCUUUAAA